UCAAUUUCUUAUCAAAGUAUCAAACUGUUUAAACGAAAUUUACUUUCAAUAUGAAACCACGGGAAGAUGAAAAUCUAAAAAAUAUCAGUGAAAACUCAUCACAGAAAACAAGUAGACCAUGAAUAUAUAAUUUUUUCGUACAAAAAUGAACAAAGAGUUAAAUGUGAAAUAGUGUAGUACAGUGUAGUACGUUUCAAUUUUAUGUCCCGUAUGAGUGGGUUUUCGGUAUACAGAUGUUUCCCCACUUACUGUUGCCAUUCUUAGACGUUCUGGUGAAUAGGACCGCUAUGCCACAGUAUACUAUAUAUACAGAAAUACUGUGGCUAUGCCCUCCAACGAAACUGUUUUAAUUAUUAUAACAGCAGGAGUCUGGCCAAAUGCGCCCAACUUAAAAGCAAGAAAGAGAGAGACUGUAUUUGUAUCAGAAGAAGACUCAUUCAUGUGGUUUGUGGCUGUGGUUGAGAUUGACUUUGGGAUUGUUUACUCGUCAAAGGUUUGAAAUUGAAAGGUUGACAGAAAGAUUGAACAUUGAAACGUUAGGUCAAAGAUCGAAGGCACGGGCGUGCAAUUUGUUUAUCCAUUUAUUGGUAUGAUAAGCAGUACACUUUUGAAACAAUACGUGCUGUAUUUCAAUAGACAUACUUUUCUACAAAAAUUCAGAUGCAUACAAUGGAUGAACAAACGAGCACAGCUCAAGGAAGCCUAUUGCCCAACAUCCAUCGAGCAUUUAGCCAAUAUUAUUACUCAUGGUUUCUGGAUUAUUCCCAGUAUCAUAGGAACGUUCGAGUUAGUUAACAGAUCUAAUGAUCGUGACCAUUUGCUCUCUGCCAUCGUUUAUGGUGUCACUUUGAUAUUCCUUUUCUCUGUUUCAACCAGUUUCCAUUGCGUUUUUUACUGCAAUAAAUACAGGCAGCUGAAGGAUAUUCUUCAUCGCUGCGAUAGAGCUAUGAUUUACAUCUUCAUUGCAGGAUCUUAUUUUCCAUGGUUGACACUAGAACAACUGCCACAAGAAGGUUGGGCUUCCCAGAUGCGAUGGAUAGUAUGGUUUCUAGCCGUCAUUGGUGUCACUUACCAACAAAUCUUCCACGAAAAGUACAAAAUGCUAGAAGUUAUUUUUUAUGUUGUUAUGGGACUUGGCCCCGUUCUUCCAAUAAUAGCUGAGCAUCAUUUUUUAGGAAUGAAGGAACUAUCCAUGGGAGGUUUACUGUACCUACUGGGAAUUAUAUUUUUCAAAUGUGAUGGUGUUUUGCCUUUUGCUCACGCAAUCUGGCAUCUGUUUGUGGUUUUAGCUGCCUAUUUUCAUUAUAGUGCAAUACUGGAUUAUCUCUACCCAGUAUUGAAAACAAAUUGAUAGUACUGCCAAGAAAAUCCCUUUUGAGUGAUUACUGAGCGAACAUUUUAUUUUAGAAUGACAUGAAUUAGAAUAUUUAUUUUAGAAAUAGUAUAUUUCAAUGAACUGACAUCACUUUUUGUUAAAAUAUUUUGUAAUUUAUAGUGUGAAUCUUUCUACAGAAAUAUCGAGUUCAGCUGGUCUGAAUUUUGACGUGCGCUCUCUUAUAAAACAAGCAUUUAAUUAGUAUUUACAAUACGUGUGGUAUCAAUUAUAUUUUUUAAUAGUAAAUAGCAACUCUCUAUGGCCAAGCUUUUGUAUAUAAUUCCAAUGAAACAUUGUUUAAUCCUGAGCGAUAGACAGAUAAAUCUGCUAAUAAAAUAGCAGCUGGAUAAAUGUU